AUGGAGAGCACAUCACUGGAACGACGUGGGAACCCAUCUACAUCGUCACGCUCGAGUCCACAACUUCCGACUCUAAGAGUACAAACUCGUGCUUCUAAGUCCAGAAUCGAUUUUCGCUGUUCACGUUUGUAUCGUUUGCAUCGAUUCGCAGCGUUGAUGGCCGUCGUGGCGCUCGUGGUCAUUUUCUCGCUACUUUUCUCGACCGAUAAUUCAUCUCAGUCGAUGCGUCACAGAAUGAAUAGCGAACGUCUCUCCCAAACACCGCUUCGAUUGAAUCGACUAGAGGUGAAUCAGAGCAUUUUAAAUAAUUUGGAUAUUAUUAGCGUAUCCUUCGAGUAUUCACCGCCGCAUUUAGAGUUUUACGGUGCAAACGCGAUCGCUGCCUACUGCGUGAGCUUAGCCGACGAGCUAUCAGGUCGAAUGCCUGCAGCGCAUGAGUAUAUGGCUGUCGUAAGGACCGAUGGUAAAGCAUCAGGGACGAUAGAGAUUGGACCUUUGGUGAAUAUGAGAUGUUCUUGGCUGCUUAGAUUUAUCACAGAUGAUUUUCAGGUGCUAAAGGAAAGCGAGUUAUUGAGAUUUAAACACGGUCCGACGCAACCAUUGCAAGUACAUUUGGCCUUAACGCAAAAUACAUCUGAGAUGAGGGUCAAGUGGGUGAGUGACCCGGUCCCAAACCCUGUAGUGAUGUUUGGAGAGCACAAAGAUAAGCUAGAUAGAAUUGCAAAGGCUACGCACAGCAGCUAUACAAGUAAAGACAUGUGUGGCGAACCUGCAACUGUCGAAGCUCCGCUAAAUUUUCGAGACCCUGGACAAAUAUUCGAUGCAGUCAUGACUAAUUUGAAAGCCGGCAAAAAAUACUACUAUCAAGUUGGCGAACAAAAUGGAAAAGUGAGCGAUAUUUUUGAGUUUCGAAUGAUACCACCCAAAGGGAAUAAUAAAGUCGGACAGGAAUCAAGUGUGAGUUUCUUUGUUUAUGGAGAUCUAAAUAUGCCAGUUCAGCCGACGAGUAAUUUUGCACUGGAUAAUGGUACGAGCGGUACGACGAUGAAACUGAUUCGAGAUGAUUUGGAAUUAGCUGCGGUAGAGUCGAAUUCUCAUAAAUAUUUCGCGGUCAUGCAUGUUGGAGACUUGGCUUAUGCUUAUGGAGCUACGUAUAUCUGGGAUCAUUUCGGUCAUCUCAUUGAAUACGUGGCUGCGCGUUUGCCCUACAUGAUCACCAUCGGGAAUCACGACUAUGGCUACUUGGAAGGUGUAAAGAAAGAUCCGAUCAAGUGGCCAUCGCACUCAACCUUUGAAAAGGAUGGCACUUCGGGUUUUAAUUCGGGAGGUGAGUGUGGUGUGCCUGCGGCUGCACGUUUUCACAUGCCUGAGAAUGGCAAUGGUGUAUACUGGUACAGUUUUGACUCAGGACUUGCACAUCAUGUGAUGUUGAGCAGUGAACACGAAUUUGCGCGAGGUUCUACACUUCACAAGUGGCUGGUGAAGGAUUUAAGUACUAUUGAUCGUUCAAAAACACCUUGGGUCUUCGUCUAUAUUCAUCGACCACUAUACUGCUCGGUUGCCUACUCUCAUGACUAUUAUCGUUCUCUACUUUUUCGUGAUGAGCUUGAGCAGGAGCUGGCUGACCAUCAUGUUGAUGUUGUGUUUGCGGGUCACUACCACUCGUACGAGCGUACGUGCCCUGUGUUUGGUGAUCGUUGUAUCGAGUCUCCAAGUGGCAAGGCAAUGGCCCCCGUGCAUAUAACGAUUGGAUCAGCUGGAUUUACUGUCGACACUGCCGGGUUUUACCGCUCGAAUUGGCGUAAAAAAGGUUUUCUAGAACACGGGUAUGGUCGUGUACACAUCUACAACUGGACACAUAUGCAUUUCGAAUUCGUUUCAAAUACUGAGCGUCGAGUUAAAGACGAGACUUGGAUCGUAUCGACGCACGACUGGUCGAGUAAACGCGAACGGUUUCCUCCAGGAUACUUUCCAACACAAGAAAUAGCAGGACUAGCGGCCGCUGUUGUCUUGAGUUUGUCAGCGUGCUUCGCUGUCUUCAUCCCUGCAAUACGCCAAGCUCGAAAUACGAAGUUUAUAUCCUUACGAACGAUACGAUUUCGUAAUUGA